UCUGGGCCCCGCGGCGACUUAAAGAGGCCAGCUGUAGCUGCUCCUGCAGCCUGAGGGGGCAGACGGGAUUCCCAAGGGAUGGAGGGCUGAACCUGCUCAGAGCGGUCACACUCACGGGAACAGUCACCUUAACAGGAGGGGUCGCAAAGACUGGUGGAGUCACUCUGAGAGGUGGCGGGGGUCUCACUGCGUGGAGGAGCUUGCAGAGGAGGGGUGUAACACUGAGGAGCUCUGGUUCAAACUGAUGGCGGUAGUGUCAUACUGAGGAAAGGUUCCCCUGAAGGAGAGAUGUCUCACUGAGGAAGGAAAGGGUCUCCAAGGGAAGGUAGCCUUGAGGGGCGAAGUUUUCCUGAGGAGUGAGAUCUCGGAAGGAGGGACUUCCCCGAAGGUGGACGCUCCCCUUUGGAGAAAGGGUUAUUUGGCCGAAAUGUUAAGAGUAAGGUCUAGGCUGGGUGGUCACUGGACGGAAGCCCUGGAAUCUUGAACUUGAGGGAGGCGGGAUGGAGUGAGUCGGUGUCAGAGCCACAUCAGGGGAUGGACUGGCCGAGGGCUCACUACAACCCCAGGGCAUCACAACCUCCCGACACGGUGAAAGUGUCAGGUAGUCCCGAGGCUUAAGGUGAAGAGGUGAGACCUGGGAAAUCGGCAGGUUGGACCAGGGUGGGUGCCGGGAAUGUGGGGAGGUUGCUGGGCUAUCUCCGAUUGUAGCUGGACCAAAAGGGUCUACUUUUAUGCCCUGCUGGUCCACGGGGCCCAGGAAUCGGGCGGCUACCUAAGCCCGGCCCUCAACCGACAGUGACCUGAGAGUGGGAGGGGAGAAAGACUCCCAGGGAGGUUAAAAGACAUUGGAGCUGUGUGUGCGCACAAUCAGCCCCUAAUUCCCUUCAGUUAUUCAGCUCCAGCUGAAUUUAUUUGACCCCGACGCUCCACACCCUUUCGCCUAGGACGUCGCGGUCCGGGGUUGGGGUGUGCAUACCUAAGGGGGCGUGGUCGCUGCCCAGGGGCCGGGCUCGAAGGAGUUAAGCCAAGGCCCGGCUCAGCCCCGCUUCCGGCAGGCCUUGGAGCCUGAGCCCCAGCGGCUGAGCGGAGCAGCCGCCACCCGCCGGCCCGCCCGCCUCCGCCUGCAGUGAGCCUGUCCGCUUGCCCACCGGCGCCCGGGAGCGCCACCGCCACCGCCCGGCCCAGGCCCAGGCCCUGCGCAGAGCGGAGCGGAGCGGCGUCCACCCGGGCCCAGCAAACCAGUGCGGCGGGGGCGGGCCCAGUAUCUUCAGCGGAUCUUCUAUAAUCCAGGGCGGGAGCGAGAGCCCAGGCGCCCCGGAACGGGCUGAGUGCGCGCCCAUGGCGAGCGCGGCCUGCCCGGACCCCAGGGACCCUGCCAGGUGAGACAGGCCCGGGCUGGGGUCCCGGCCAUGGCCGGGGAACGGCCCCCACUGCGGGGUCCUGGGCCCGGACCCGGAGAAGCGCCGGGGGAGGGGCCCCCGGAGCCGGGGGCCGCAAGCGGAGGCCCGGGCCGGGGCCGCCCCUCCUCCUACCGGGCACUCCGCAGCGCGGUGUCCAGCCUAGCGCGUGUGGACGAUUUCCACUGCGCGGAGAAGAUCGGGGCCGGCUUCUUCUCUGAGGUCUACAAGGUUCGGCACCGACAGUCGGGGCAAGUCAUGGUGCUGAAAAUGAACAGGCUCCCCAGUAACCGGGGAAACACGCUACGGGAGGUACAGUUGAUGAACCGUCUCCGACACCCCAACAUCCUAAGGUUCAUGGGGGUCUGUGUGCACCAGGGACAGCUGCACGCUCUAACAGAGUAUAUGAAUGGAGGGACACUAGAACAGCUACUCAGCUCCCCUGAGCCCCUAUCCUGGCCUGUCAGGCUCCGCUUGGCUCUGGACAUUGCCCGUGGCCUGCGGUACCUUCAUGCGAAAGGUGUAUUCCACCGAGACCUCACAUCCAAGAACUGUCUGAUCCGACGGGAAGACCGAGGUUUCACGGCUGUUGUGGGUGACUUCGGGCUGGCUGAAAAGAUUCCUGUGUAUAGGGAAGGGGUAAGGAAGGAGCCACUGGCUGUGGUGGGCUCCCCGUACUGGAUGGCUCCAGAGGUGCUGCGGGGUGAGCUGUAUGAUGAGAAGGCUGACGUCUUUGCCUUUGGGAUUGUCCUUUGUGAGCUCAUUGCACGAGUACCUGCAGACCCUGACUACCUGCCCCGGACUGAGGACUUUGGCCUGGAUGUGCCUGCGUUCCGCACCCUAGUCGGGGAGGACUGCCCACUGCCUUUCCUGCUCCUGGCCAUCCACUGCUGCAGUAUGGAACCCAGCAGUCGUGCUCCCUUCAGUGAAACCACCCAGCACCUGGAGUGGACCCUGGAGCAGCUGCCUGAGACAGCCCUCGUCCCCAGCACUCCCCUGACGCACAGUCAGGGGUCUGUUCCAAGAGGGGGUCCCUCUGCCACACUUCCCAGGCCAGACCCCCGGCUCUCCCGAAGCCGGUCAGACCUCUUCUUACCCCCAUCUCCAGAAUCACCACCUAACUCGGGGGACAAUCUAACUCGAGUCAACCCCUUUUCACUACGGGAAGACCUCAGGGGUGGCAAGAUCAAGCUCCUGGACACACCGAGCAAGCCAGUCACCCCCCUGCCCCUGGUGCCACUAUCACCACUGCCCUCCACCCAGCUGCCCUUGGGGCCCACCCCAGAGACCUUGGGCCAGCCUGGGACGCCUGCCCGCCGCUGCCGCUCGCUGCCAUCAUCCCCUGAGCUCCCCCGACGUAUGGAGACAGCACUGCCAGGUCCUGGCCCUCCCUUGGUGGGCCCCUCAGCUGAAGAGAUAAUGGAGUGUGAGGGCAGUAGCCCUGAGCCAGAGCCCCCAGGACCAGCUCCCCAGCUGCCCCUGGCCAUGGCCACAGACAACUUCAUCAGCACUUGUUCCUCGGCCUCCCAGCCCUGGUCCCCUAGAUCUGGGCCUCCCCUUAACAACAAUCCCCCAGCUGUGGUGGUGAACUCCCCACAAGGCUGGGCUGGGGAGCCCUGGAACCGGGCCCAGCAUAGUCUGCCCCGGGCAGCAGCUCUGGAGCGGACAGAACUCUCGCCGCCCCCUUCAGCCGCCCGGGAGUCUGACGAGGGGCUGCCCUGCCCCGGCUGCUGCCUCGGCCCUUUCAGCUUUGGCUUCCUGUCCAUGUGCCCCCGCCCCACACCAGCUGCCGCCCGCUACCGCAACCUGAACUGUGAGGCAGGCAGUCUCCUCUGUCACCGAGGGCACCAUGCCAAGCCCCCCACCCCCAGCCUGCAGCUGCCUGGGGCGCGCUCGUAAUAGUGGGACCUGUGGUCUCAGGCCUCUGACUUUGGCCUUCAGGAUGCCCUGUGAGGACAGAGCACACAUGCUGGACAGUGCCAGUCCCAGAUGGGCUGACAGGCUCUCCUCCACCUGUAGGGGAACCUCAGCCUGGACUCAAGGGACAGAACAUUUCCUCUCCAAACUCUGGGCUUGCUCUCCUGUGGGCAUCACUGAACCAGACAGAGCAUUGCUGACACACGAAACUAACACUUGCAAAAUUAUUUAAAAAUAUUUCAAUAAAACUGCCUGGCUGGCUCCGGGCUGCCCCUA